CAGGGCCUAAUAGUCAGCCAGACGCGGUAAUGAAAUCUCGUUAGUUCUGCUUGACAUUUCAAACUCUAGACGUCUAUCUACAUAUAAUCCUCGCUAUAAAUCAUCUCUUAAUUUCAGUUUUUCAAUAGUUUUAAUCCCAUUUCGAUAUGGAUCCCUUAGAUCCAUACGCUGCCAGAAAAUCUCCACCGCCGAGUGCACCGUGGGUCUUCGACCAACCACCGGCAACAGGCAUACCAGUUCCACCUCCUAACUAUAACUAUUUUGACAAUUCCCAAAUACCUCCACCACGAUCACCACCACCACCACCGCCACCGCCACCGUUACCUCAAGCUCAUGUUAGCACUCCAGGGAAGUGGUCUACUGGUCUCUGUGGUUGCUGCUCCGAUAUUCCAAACUGUUGUAUAACAUGUUGGUGUCCGUGUAUAACAUUCGGUCAGAUUGCUGAGAUUGUAGACAAAGGAUCUACUUCCUGUGGAGUAGGUGGAGUACUUUACACUCUUAUAGCCCUUACGGGAUGUGCGUGCUUAUAUUCUUGCUUCUAUCGUUCAAAGUUGAGAAGGCAAUACAUGCUGCCGGAGACUCCAUGUGCAGAUUGUUGCGUUCAUUUUUGUUGUGAAUGUUGUGCCUUGUGCCAGGAGCAUCGUGAGCUUAAAAACCGCGGAUUUGAUAUGUCUAUUGGAUGGCAAGGAAAUGUGGAGAGGCAGAAUCCUGGAAUUACAACGGCACCAAACAUUCAUGGAGGAAUGAGUCGAUAAGUGGUUGGCUUCUGCUAUCCAAUUGUAGGCGGUGGCCAUUAUAUUUGAUGAGACAUAUAUUUUUCUUCUUUCUUGUGGCAUGGGGUGUGAAUUAGGUAAUGCUUAUAGUUGUUUCAAUUCUAAGUAAUUUAUUUAAUUAAGGUCAAAUUCCAUCAUCCAAGAAACAUAAGUACUUAUAAAUUAUAAUAAAUUUAUAAAUAUUUCAGUUUG